AACCUUGUUGUGAAUGUGUGAGCAAUUUGUACUCUGUCGAGAACGUGUGAAUUGGUAACAGUCGUUUGUCUAACAACGAGAAAACCAUUAUGGCACAAUUGUCUGCAACUACCGUAAUCCUGUUGAUUGUGUUUUAAUUCAUAUGUUUUUUUUUAUUUCAACUAAUUACUAUCAGUUCACAUUGCGACUAUGUCGUGGAAGAAAAUAAUCAAACCAACUUCGAAAGAACUUGCUUUUCGUGAGAAACAUUUUCAUGAUAUUAGAAUUAUCAAAGAUAGACAAAUAAAGUGUACCGCCUGUGGUAAUGAAUUAAAUAUCCAGACAAAUCGAAUCUUUUCUCAUCCUUUCAUUGGAAUACUGCAGUGUGAGAUAUGCUGGAAUGAGUUGAAGAAUAUACAGACCAGAUUUGAUGAGGAUAAAGCUAGGCAUUAUUGUCAUAUAUGCGGCAUAUAUAACAACAGGAAAUUAUAUGAGUGUUGUAACAAAAAUUGUAACUCAGCAUUUUGUAAGGGAUGUAUAAAGAGAAAUGUAAGCCUAUCGCUAUUGGACGUGGAAAAGGAUGAUUGGGAAUGUUUUAUAUGUAAUCCUAAACCACUUUGGGAUCUAAGAGCCAUAUGUGCUGCUGUAAUAGACUCUCUUUCCACAAAGAGUAACAAGGGAAGAAGCAACAAGAUUGAAAAAAAAAUUUUACCAUCUCAAAUACAACGAAUAAACGAAACGAAAUACGUACAAAAUCUCUUGGAUAGUAUGUGUGACAGAGAGGAUAACGAUUCUUCCGAAGAGUCAUUCGUUUCUGCAAGAUUCGCGAGAAAAAAUCGUCAUACAAAUUAUGAAGUAAACUCUCUUCAGAAGAAAAAGAAAAAUGCAUUAGAUAUAACAGAUUCGUCCAGCGAGGAUUCGUUUUGUAAACGCAAAAAUUUAUCUAUCCUUUCUAAAAGAAAUAAUCAAAAUAAGAACGAGAGUGACCAAAAAACGAAAUGUGUAGGGGAUUUUUAUUCCGCGCGGAAAGUUUCAAUUAUAAAAGAAAAAAAAAUGUCAAAGAAAAAUAAAAUAUCUAGUGAUUCAAGUGAUGAUUCUAGCGAUGUGUCGUCGAAUAAAAUAAGAAGACAACGUAUAAUUAAACAUAAUAGAUCUAAAAAAAUAAUAAAAUCUAAAACAAAUGUAUAUUCUUCUGACAGCGAAAGUGAUGAGAACAAUACAGAUACAGCGUCGAAUGUAUCAAAGAGGAUUUCAAAAGGUACAAGACAACAGAAUAAAAAAAUGGAUAAUUCUCAUAAUACAAGAUCGAGGGAUAAGGCAAAAAAAAAUAAUUCGACUGGUGAAUCUGAAGAUGAAAAAUAUAUAAAACGAAAUACGAGGAAACGUUCAGAAACGAGUCAGCUGAUGUCGCACAGUAAUGAUGAACGAAAACGUGACAAGUCAUCGAAGCAGCGACUUUCUAAUAUUCAGGAAGAUAAUUCGGAUAAUAGUUCUAGUAAAGAAUUUCAGAAAAUAAAACUUCAAAAGGUGAAUCGCAAUAUAAGGCAAUUGGCAAAUUUGGAAGUAGAUCAUACUAAGACACCUAAGAAUUCUACGAAUAACAGUGACAAAGAUAUCAAUGGACAAUCAAAUAAAAAAAAUCUUUUAGAUAUGAAAAAAAUUUUAAUGGACUGUAAGAAGGCAUGUUCAGAUUUUCAGAUGCAUAUCGAAAGUAUAGAACACUUAUAUGGUAAAGAAGAUGAAGAGAAACUUGUGUUGAAAUCUACAGAAAAAAUUGAUCGCUUAAGGAUGAUAUUGGAGAAAAAACAUAAGAAUUUAUUAACUUCUUAUCAGGUGUGGUCUAGGAAUAGAAAAAAAUCUGCUACGAAAAGGUCAAACAAAGUAGUUACAGAUAGUGAACAAUCAGAAGAAAAACGUGAUAACUGUAUAGAGGAUGAGGAUAAGCACGUAUUUGAUGAUAAACAGGAUGGAAAUAAAGAUGUGUCUGAAUGUGAUAGUGAAGAAAUAUUUUCAGCAGAUGAAACAAGAUCACCGCAGAAGAUGCAAGCGGCUAGGUGUAAAGUGGAUCUAGCCAGAACGGAAAAGAGCCUAAAUAACAAUGAAACUGAUACCGAUGAUGAAGAUAGAAUGUCAAUAAAUAAAUCGAAGAUAAAUAACGAUAAAAAUAAUGUGGACGUGCAAGAUGAUUCGACCACUUCUCCCACAUUAAGAUUAAAAGAGAAGAAUAUUAGUAUAGAACGAUCAAGUGAAAAACAACUAUCUUCGGAAUACAAUAAGAACAACAACGAGACACAAUCGUCUGAUGAAAAUGAAACUGAGAUUGAAGAUUCUCCUUCAAAAAGUAGCAGCAAGAAAAUGGUAUUAGAAAAUGAUGAAACAAAUCGAUUGAAAAAGAAUAUAAUCGACGAGUCGAUGGAUAUGUUCGACACAUCUCCCGAAGAUGCAGAAAAGAACAGAACGGAAGUCGAAACAAAUUGUGAUAAAGAAGAGCUUUUACAGACGUCUAAAGAUAAACUUUUAGAUCCUUGCGAAAAUUCCUUACAAAAUAAAAUUUCAGACCAAAAAGAGAGAACAUUCCUUGAAGAAGAGGAAGAUUUAUCAAAUCAAAGUAAUCAGGAAAAAAUGGCAGCUAUAUCUGUAACCAAUAAGGAAGUUUACGACUCGAAAGCAUCCAGAAAAAUGAAUAUAGAUGAUAAUGAAUCUCUCGAUGACGCUGAAGCAUUGGCAAAGGAAGCUCUGUUGGCUGACUCUGACACAUCGGACACAUCCAAUAAAAAUGUAGCUAAGUUAACUGAAGUUUCCACAGACGAUGAAACUACUAAUCGAAUCGAGAAGAAAAACGAAUUAGAAGAUAUUGAUUCUGAUGUCAAUAGUGUUAGUACAAUAAAACUUUCAACUUUAAAAAAAAAUGCGAAUACCGACGCUGAAAAAGAUGUUAUCACUGAAGCGGAAAUUAAAGCUGAGAAAAAAAGCAAUGAUCAAUCAGAUGAAAGAUCUCGUAAAGAAAUGAGCUCUUCGGAGGAUGAAAAUAUCAAGAAAGAAAAAGCUGCCAAAAAAGCUCUCUUAGAAUCGGACGAUUCUAUACCUUUAAGGGAAUCGAGAGAAUCCGUCGAUUCCUUUAAGAAGUUUGAGUCGGAUUCUUCUAAGAAAAAUGCCGAAGCGAAACGGUUGCUUUUAGCAUCUUCCAGUGAAGACUCUAGUUCUGAACUGACUCUGUCUGAAAUGAUAAAUGUUUCAAAGAAUAUUAAACGUAAUCGUGAGCCUGAGACUGAUAGAGAACAUAAUGUCUCCAGACUAAAGAAGAGAAGACUCAAACUCAAUGAAAAUUACUAUUACAAAAAUGAUAAGAAAUUGAGAAUGUCCUGCAAAGUUCAUUUAGAGCGAUUAAGCACGGAAAUUCUUAAACGCUACUCACAUGCAUUAAAAAAGUCAAGAGAGUAUUUGGAACAUAAGGAAUUUAAAAGUCUUGUUAAUCUGGAUAAACUCGAAAAGAAUCACAAGAAAAAUAUAAAGAAAGAUUCUGAUUCGUCGAUGGACAACGAUUCGUCCUCAAAAAUUUCGAAAAGGUCAAAUAAAAAGGAAAAUACAAAGAUCAAAGAAGAGUCUUUGAUGGAUCAUUUGAAAAAAAUAGAGAACGGCGAUACCGUGGCAACUGUAGAAACAGAUCUUUAUACUGAAGAUCAAUCAAUUUAUCAAAAACAAAAUGUAGACGAUACUAUCUCUAAUGACGCUCUAAUAUCAGAGGCAGAUAGACUCGCAAAAGAGAAUCUGUUAAAUUCUUCUGAUUCAGACGAGGAAGAAGUAAUACUGGACAGUGAUUCUAGCAUAAAGAAUGAUGAUACAAAUGGAAAAAAAGAGAACAAGAAAAAGCAAUAUCAGAAGAAAUCUGAAGAGCAAACUUCGAAAAAUGAUAACGAGAAAGACAAAAGCGCUUGGAGGAGAGACAAGAUAUUAACAAUGAAAUUAUCUGAUUCUGAUUCUGAUGCUGAAAGAGAAAAGUGGGAGAACAAACAAGAAAAACUUGCAAAUAAAUCCAAAAAUAAUAACAGUGAUUCUGGUGAAGAAAAAUCUUUUAAGUCUAAAAGGAAAAAAAAGAAGACUGGGCGAAGAAUCAUUGAUUCAGAUUCAGACAUUAAAAUAACAGAUGUAGAUUCUGAUAAUUCUUCUAAUACUUCAAGCCCUUUUAUCACACUAUAUUCAAACGAUUCAGAUGACACGAGAAAAGAAAAAGAGCAAUUGAAACGAAAUAAGAGACGUAAACGCGGCGAUUCGUCAGGUACAGAUUCUUCGCUUUCAGAGAAGAAAUCAAAACCAAAACGAAAGCGUAUUAAAAAAAUGGCAUCCGACAGUGAUAGUAGCGAUGUAGAAAUGUUAAACUCGCAAGAAUCUUCACCCGGUAAAAGUGGUCGAAAGAAUAUACGAAAAGUUUUGAAGGACAAGCAAGUAACGGACGAUACGAAACAAGCUGCUAAAGAAGAAGAGGAGAGGCUUAAACGUAUCGCUGAACGUCAAGCUGUGUACAACGAAAUGUUUGAGAUAAGACUUGCCGGUGAAGAGAAAGUAGACAAACUCGUUUUAGACUUCGAUACAGAAACGAAACAGGAGCUUGUUACUGUGCAUAAGGAAUUGGUAAAACAUCUGAAGCCGCAUCAAGCACAAGGCAUCAAAUUUAUGUGGGACGCUUGUUUCGAGUCUCUAGAAAGGGUGAAGUCUACAUCCGGAUCUGGAUGUAUAAUCGCGCACUGCAUGGGUUUGGGCAAAACGCUACAAGUGAUUACUCUGACGCAUACGCUUCUCACUCACGAAGCGACAAACGUUAAGACAGUACUGGUAGUUUGCCCAUUAAGCACAGUACUCAAUUGGCGAAAUGAGUACAAUACAUGGCUGAAGGAUUUGGAUGAUUUUGAAGUGUAUGAACUGACAAAAUUUAAGAAGAAUUUUGAGAGGAAAUAUCAACUGCAGAGAUGGCAAAAAACCGGCGGUGUGAUGAUUAUUGGCUAUGAAAUGUUCCGUAAUCUUACGAGUCCAAAUAGAAAUAUUCGGAAGGCUAUGAAGGAAGUUAUGUUGGAAUGCCUAGUUGAUCCGGGUGCUGAUCUUGUUGUUUGUGAUGAAGGCCAUUUAUUAAAAAAUGAAGACACUGCAUUAAGUAAAUGCAUGAGAAACGUGAAAACAUUGAGACGCAUAGUACUUACUGGAACACCUUUACAGAACAAUUUAAUAGAGUAUCAUUGUAUGGUGCAGUUCGCGAAACCCAAUCUGCUGGGUACAAAGAAAGAAUUUUCAAAUAGAUUUGUAAAUCCGAUAACAAAUGGUCAGUUCCAUGAUUCUACUGCUUAUGACGUUAAAUUAAUGAAAAAACGUGCGCACGUGUUGCACAAAAUGUUAGAGGGUAGCGUGCAAAGAUUCGAUUACUCCGUGCUUACGCCAUUUCUACCACCGAAACAGGAAUAUGUUAUUUUCGUCAGAUUGACAGACAUUCAAGUUAAAUUGUAUCAAUAUUACUUGGAGAAUGUUGCCAGACGCCUAUCUGGUCAAGGAAGAACUCUCUUCGCUGAUUUUCAGGCAUUACAAAGAAUCUGGACGCAUCCCUUAGUCCUACGUCUAAAUGCAGAGAAAAUAGAAAAAGCAAAUGAGAAAAAGGAACUUUCUGAUUCAGAAGGUUCGUUAAAAGAUUUCAUUGAUGAUGAUACCGAUGUAGAGAGUAGCAGCAGCAGCAGCAACAGCAACGAUUCAAAUAAUGACAGUGAUGUUCAGGCGAUCGAUGAAAAAGACAAUGCAAACGUUCCUAAACGUAAUACAAGAAAUAAUCCUGUCGAAGAGGAACCAAUGGAACAGAUCAAAGAGACCUCAGAGUCAGAAGUGGCCACAGAAUGGUGGUUGCAGUUUGUACAAUCCGAGCAUUUUGAAGAUAUGAGAGAGUCAGCUAAGCUAUUACUUCUGUUUGCAAUUCUAAAAGAAAGUGAACAGAUCGGCGAUAAAGUGCUCGUAUUCUCUCAAUCUCUAUAUUCUCUCACCUUAAUCGAGGAGUUUUUAAGAAGAAUAGAUGAUCAGACUCAGAAGGAUGAAUCCUGUGACACUCUUGAUAAUCAUACUGGAAGUUGGUCUUUAGGACUCGAUUACUUCCGAUUGGAUGGUCAGACUUCGCCUGAAAAUCGAAAUUUAUGGUGUAAGAUAUUUAAUAGACCCACCAAUAUAAGAGCGAGAUUAUUCCUCAUAUCUACACGUGCUGGAGGAUUAGGAAUAAACUUAACUGCAGCGAACAGAGUGAUUAUAUUUGACGCCAGUUGGAAUCCAUCUCACGACGUACAAAGCAUAUUUCGGAUAUACAGAUUCGGACAAAAAAAACCGUGUUACGUAUAUCGAUUUCUUGCUGCGGGAACAAUGGAAGAAAAGAUUUACAACCGUCAAGUUACGAAGCUGUCGCUUUCGUGCCGUGUCGUUGACGAACAACAGAUCGAACGGCAUUACAGCAAUCACAAUUUAAACGAGUUGUAUACGUUUGAGGGAUACGAUAAAGAAAAACCUACAUUAAAUUUACCUAAAGAUAGACUGCUAGCAGAGAUAUUCUUGAAGUUCAAGGAUAUUGUGGAAAAUUAUCACGAACAUGACUCUCUACUAGAAAACAAGGCGGAAGAGGAAUUGGACGAAGAAGAACGCAAACAGGCUUGGUUAGAAUAUGAAGAGGAAAAGAAAGGAAAACCACUAAUAAAUUCAAUGGCAAAUACAGCUUUAAUGAUGAAUCAGAAUAAUGCGUUUUUGCAACAAUGUAUGAUGAUGAGGAACUCCAUGCAGCCUAACAUGAUGUCUCAAAAUAUGUUCGAAUAUAACAGUUUCCAGCAGCUUAUUCGUAAAGAUGUAAGAUAUGAAGAUUAUCCGAAUGCAACACCAGAACAACAAAAAAUGAUGACGAAUCGAGCUAUAGUGGAAAUGUAUAAUUAUUGGGAAAAACAAGCUACACUAUACAAUAAGCAACCUGUACAACCAGUACAAAAUCCGUUUUUGCCGAAUUUUCAACAAAGACCACAAGCGCCGAAUUUUCAGCAAAGACCACAAGUUCCGGUAACGAGCAAUAUGCAUCCGCAAGUCACGCAAUUGGGCCACUUGCUUUCGGGACAAUCGAUGAAUUAUGUAAACGCGAAUAAAUCCGUGCAAUUAAACGAUACACAAACGGGAGAUUUAAUUCCAAAUUUAUUUUCAAAACAGAAUACCUCGUCGAAUAACAAUAUAGGCGGAACCAUGGACCAGGAUAUAAUAGAGGUAGUUCCUACUACAAGUACUGGAAUAACACGUCAGAGCGGAAUGAGUAGCGUACAAAUAGCUGCGCAACCAAUUGAUAACAGUAAGAUCCAAGAGGAGUAAAUUUCAUAUAUAAUAUUUUCUACUGAUUACGUUGAGAUAGUAUUAUCUGCAGAUUGAUAUAAAUCUUGAUUAUAAAUUAAGAAAGGAAU